AUGGGUAUUAAGGAUUUGAGAUGUACCGAUACGACUUUGAAAGCUAAGUGGGUUUGGAGGUAUUCUAGAAAGAAUAGAGUUUUGUGGAGAAGGGUUGUGCUGCAGAUUUUUAACAAUAACCCAUAUAUUUUGAUUCCUACUGAUGUUGUUAUACCAAAAGGAAGGAGUGUGUGGAAGAAAAUUAUUAAUACCACUUCUACUUUACAUGAUCAUAUUGAUUUCAAGCUGAAUAUUGGUAAGGGAAUUCAAUUUUGGAUGGAUAAUUGGUGUUCUACAGGCCUUUUGAAGGAUAUAUUUCCAGCUAUAUAUAAAGUUUGUAGAAGGAAGCAAGCUUCUAUAUCUGACAUGGUUGUGGGAGGUAGGCUUAUUUGUGAUACAAGAACGAAUAUGUCAAGUACUGAACAGCUUGACUGGGAUAGGAUUUGUAGUGAGUUGGGCCAGGUGCAUGGGUUGACAUGGGUGGAGGAUAAUAUGAAAAUCAAAGGGGGGUGUACGGUCAAAAAUUGUUAUGAAAUGCAGAUUCACGGAAGGGAGGAAGAUGAGUUUUAUAAGCAUGUUUGGAGGAAAAGUAUACUAUCUAAGGUAAGUUUUAUGUUAUGGGCUCAUUAUCACAGUUCUCUUCCUACAUUGAGUAUGCCUAUGAAACCAGGGGUUGAGGUGCAUGGUUAUCUUUGUUAA